CCUUCAGAAUUUCCCACUUACGUUUCCUCAAAAACCCUCUUUAAAACCUAGAAUAUCCCAUUGCGACGAAGACGAAAAGCUUCACAUUGAAGACAGUAGUUCCCAUGGCUUCCUCUAUCGUUCCUGCGGCCGCAACGAAGCUGCUAACGCCAGAAUCCAUCCGCGCAGCAGCAAAGCAAUCCGAAGGAAUUCAUCUCGUCCCGCUCUCACUCCGACGUGCUAUCAAAAAAUUCCUUCGAGAAAAGGAGAAAUCGCAUAUGAAUCGGAAGGUACUGUCUCUCUCCCAGUCCUUUAACCGGAUCAAGGAGACCAACCUCCAGCUCUCCGCCUCUGUCUCACGUGAGCUUGUCGAGGAUCCCUUCAGGCCGAUCGAACACGGCGGUGCUCGGUGGAAGAUACGCUCGGCGUAUGGAGACAUCGGGUUGAAGUAUAAGGAGGAUGAAACCGUUGCCUACGUUGCUUCGCGGAUGCCCGCCGUAUAUUCCGCCUGCCAUCGGGUUCUCAAAGAGGUUCGUCGGAGAUUGCCAGAUUUCUCUCCUGCAAGUGUGUUGGACUUUGGUGCGGGUCCUGGAUCGGCAAUUUGGGCAAUGCGUGAGGUCUGGCCCAAGGCUUUGGAGAGGGUUAAUUUGGUAGAGCCAUCAAAAGAUAUGCAAAGAGCUGCUCAAAGCCUUUUGAGAGAUUUGAAAGGGUUGCCCAUUAUCCAUAGCUAUGAUAACAUUCAAGCAUUGAGCCAUAAUCUUGAUAAAUGCGAGAGAAAGCAUGACCUUGUUAUCUCAUCCUAUGCUCUUGGAGAAAUACCUUCAUUGAGUGACAGGAUUACCGUCAUACGCCAACUUUGGGAUCUAACAAGAGAUGUUCUGGUUCUUUUGGAGCCUGGAACUCCACAUGGUUCAAGAAUUAUACGCCAGAUGCGUUCCUAUAUUCUAUGGAUGGCUAAAAGAACAUGUCGUAAGAGUAAAAAAUCAAAUGAAGUUCCAAGUAACGAAAAAAGUAUUGUUGUUGACGCAGGAGCUUCAAGAAAUAAUGCAUAUGUUGUUGCUCCAUGUUCCCAUGAUGGUCGAUGCCCUUUGGAGAAUUCUGGUAAAUAUUGUCAUUUUGUUCAGCGGAUAGAGAGGACAUCAUCUCAACGCACAUAUAAGCGAUCCAAGGGAGAGCCAUUGCGCGGUUUUGAGGAUGAGAAGUUUUGUUUUGUUGCUUUAAAGCGUGGCAACCGGCCAGAGGAAGCUUGGCCGCUGGAUGGUAUGGAGUUUGAGACGUUAAAGGAAAGACUUGCUAAGAGGAAGCCGGAGGAUCUUAUCAUAGAUUAUGAGGAUCAAAUCGAAUUCAAGACAGACGAAGAUUUCUUGGAUGAUGAAGAGGAAACUAUCCCCUAUGCUUCAGAUGCUUCUGAGAUCACUUUGUUUAACAAGGAUGAUGAAGAUGAUGACGUCGAUAACGAUGAGCAGGGCCGUGCUGAUCUCGGCGGCGGUUGGGGUCGGAUUAUAUACGCGCCAGUACGAAGAGGUAAGCGAAUUGCAUUAGAUGUGUGCAGGUCCACAAAAAGGGAUGCAUCUGAAGGAGCCUUUGAGCGUAUAAUGAUCACAAAGAGAGAGUGUCCUGAUCUGCAUCUCCAAGCUCGCAGGUCUCUUUGGGGUGAUCUUUGGCCCUUCUAAAUCGGCAUCUGUAAUUACGUGUUGUUUAGUUGGUCUGUGUGGUUCUAAAUUUUGAUCUUAGUUUUGUGAGCUUGUAUUUUUAUUUCUCUUUAAUUUUUCUUACAUUUGGCAAAUGAUCGUUCUCCUUGUUUUCUUUGCAUGGAUGUGCAUUCAUUUAAACUUUCUGUGCAGGAUUGAAUUCAGGUAAUAUAAUUUGUGAUAGAAAUUUAGAUGA